AAUAAAUGUUUAAAUAAAACUGCCUCCUUUUGAAAGUCCAAGUCUCAGAGUGGUUCUAGAAUUGGUGGAAUGAAGAAGUUGAUUGUGAUUGGCACUUUGUUUUUGGCGGCUUGCGUAGCGGCCAGAGAAGAACAUUUCAGUAGCAAUGAGGUGGGAAUGGAUUACGAAUUCGGUUGCGAUCGGCACUAUCUUCGAGCAAUGGAAGAACACAUCAGAAAUCCGAUUAGGCAGAAGCGUAACGUGCAGAUAGAUCCUUUAAACGCUUCCUUCCAUCUCAAUACGAGAUUGAACGUGCACGAGACUCAAGUCCUGAACAUAGGAGACAUUCAGUCGGUGAUGUCCUCCAACUUCAACGCCUCGAUUCCGACUAGGAUCAUUGUCCAUGGAUUCUGCAACUGCCGGCAUUCGGAUUUCUGUCUCACAACCAAGGAUGCGUUCCUGGAACGUGCUGAGUACAACGUGAUCACGGUAAACUGGCAAAGCGGCAAACAACUCAACGACUAUUGGAUAGCUCGAAAAAGGAUCCACCCGACGGCCGAGAAGUUGGCAAAGCUGAUCGACUUUCUGAACGAAAAGGCCGGCCUGCGGUUUGAGGAUCUGUACCUGGUGGGCCACAGUUUAGGGGCUCAUCUUUCCGGACUAACCGGGAAGGCAGUUCGGCGGGGUAAAAUCAACACGAUCAUUGCGUUGGACCCUGCAAAGCCCAUGUUUGACAUGGGCAAACCUACUGAUCGACUUGCUGAAACGGACGCAAACUACGUCGAAGUGAUUCACACCAACGGAGGAAAAUUGGGUCUAUUCGAUCCAGUGGGACAUACGGACUUCUACCCGAAUGGUGGCCAGAAGCAACCCGGUUGUUGGGGUUGGUGGUUUGGAUCUUCCUGUUCCCACGGUCGGGCUUGGGAGUUCUAUGCGGAAUCAAUAGUGUCGAUGGUGGGUUUUUGGUCGACCCGGUGUGAUAGUUUGAACCAGGUUAGUCCGGCCGGAUGUCGAAGUCCGAAGGCUAAGCUCAAGAUGGGUGGGGAGCCGAUUGUGGCGCAGAAUCGAGGAAUCCUGACGGUUGAGACGCAUGCUGAUGCUCCGUAUGCACGGGGUAAGCUGGACAUAGGGAGCAAGCGAUGGCGGUUGGAAAAAAAGAGAGCGCAGUUCUAUGCCGACAAGAAGAGAAGCAAAAAGCUGAAGAUGAUCAAUGAGAUUUAUUAGUAGUGGCGUUCUUCAAAUUGACUUUUUAAUCAAUAUUUCUUCAUGACUUUAAGAAUAGCAUUUUUUGCGUGUGCUACAGUGUUCAAGAUUAUAGUGCUAAGUAGUUCGCUCUGAAAACACAAUAUUUGUGUCGAAAAUUAUUCAGUUUUUAUCGUAAUACAACGAAAAUGAUAAGCCUAAGACAGCAGUGGAAUCAAAAUCUCGCAAAUUUCACCGAAUGUUUCUAAAAUUAUAUCGAGAUAGAGAGGCACUGAGUGAAAAAAAGUUUCAAAACCACUGAAUUAGAUACUAUCCAGUUAUGAACAACUGGACUAAAUAUAAGGGAAGCCCAUAAUAGCAUUACGUCUGGGAUUCUAAGGGCUCAAAACAUUUUUUCGCUUUAUUCAUACAUCCGUUGUUUGUAAAUUUGGAACGAACAGCUAAAUUUCAUUCAAUUCAUUACUGAUUAAAUCCAGUAAAGAUGAGAGCUUGAACCUCAAGAGCAAAUCAAUGGAUGUAGAGUUCCUAAAGCUCCAGAGUUCAGAAUCAUAUUUCAUUAUUUUAUUUUAGAAUUAACUUGUGAUUUGUAAAAAAUAAUUUUUUAACAUAAUUCACCAUGAGAAAUAAAUUUCAGAAUGAAUCACGAUAUUUCCGAAAUAGUCUUCAGAAAAAUAUAGCCGAAUUAUAAAAAAAAAUCAAAGAUUUGAAAUCAGCCAUUACUUCAUAGAAAUUUCUAUCAAAAAUUUAACUCAAAUAUUUGUUUUCUGAUCGUUUGCAAAAUUAGAAUCAUUUAAAUUUUGUUGUUAAACUUGCGCGAAUACGG